CAACUUCAUCCACGGGCCGUUCUUCCUUUUGAUGCUCCCCCGUCUCUCCUCUAUCGCUCGACACAUCAGACCCUUCUCAACAACUAAAAUGUCUUCCCAAACCCCGAACAUCCUCCUCCUCACCACAGGCACUCCAAACGGCCAGAAAGUCUCCAUUACCCUCGAGGAGCUCGGUCUCCCCUAUGAGACCAAAUCAAUCUCGCUCCAGAAGAACGAACAAAAGGAAGACUGGUUCCUCAAGGUCUGUCCCAACGGCCGCAUCCCCGCUCUCGUGGACCGUACCGCCGGCGAGGGUAAAGAACUCAACUUCAUGGAAUCCGGCGCAAUCAUGCAAUACCUCACCGCAACCUACGACAAAGACUACAAAAUCUCAUACCCCUACGGUACUCCCGAAUACUGGGAAACGCAGCAAUGGAUGUUUUGGAUGAACGCCGGACUCGGUCCUAUGCAAGGACAGGCGAACCACUUUUACCGUUAUGCGCCGGAGAAGAUCGAGUAUGGUAUCAACCGCUACAUCAACGAGACUAAACGCCUCUACUCCGUCCUCGAGGAUCGGCUCGCUAAGAACCCCUCUGGAUGGCUGGUCGGUGACCGCAUGACCAUUGCUGAUAUCGCAUGUUUCUCAUGGGUUAACUGGGCAUUCUGGGCCGGCGUUGACUCGACCGAAUUCAAGAAGUUGACGGAAUGGGAAAAGAGGAUUAACGAGCGCGAGGCGGUAAAGAGGGGAUUGGACGUUCCGGAGCCGUUCACGAUGAAGGCGAAGAUGCAGAGUAAGGAGGAGGCGGAUAAGUAUGCGGAGGAGAGUAGGAAGUGGAUCAUGCAGGGAAACGACAAGGAGAAGAAGUAGGUGU